AUGCAGCCAGAGAUGGAGCCCCUAUGCUCCCCCACCGUGGGCAACUCCAGCGUACACAGGGAGGCAGGAGCCCUCCUUGCAGACCUGGAGACCCCAGAGGAGAUGCAGGCCCGGAGCCUGGGAAGGACUGUCAAAUCCUCGAAGCAGUACCUGCGGCAGGUCAUUGCAGAGUAUGAGGCGCUGGACCGAGACCUCCCAUGCAUCCGGAAGUUCCCCACACCACCCACUGCCCAGCCCCUCUGCCUCUGCAUGGAAACCUCGCCCGAGGAGGAUUUUACCCACUUGGAGGUGCUGAAGGCGCUGGAGGUUGAGUUACCCGGGGCCAUGGAGAGCGGGUUUGUGAGCAGCAUCCGCUUUGAGAACAUGAACGUCAUCUGUGGGACUGCAGGUCGCCGGGACAGGUGGCUCAUCAUGGUAGCGGAUUUCCAGACUCGCUCCCGUCUGCUGCGCUCGGGUCUCAGUCCCCGAGGGCUUCCGCACCAGCUGGUGCGCCACGACGAAUUGCUGCUGGGCGAUUACCGCCUUCAUCUGCGCCGCUCCCUGGUCCGGCGGCGCAUGCUCGAGGCCCUGGGGGCGGAGCCAACCCAAGAGGCCUAACCCAUGGGGGCGGGCCCCGGCUGCGCUUGCGCACUGCUCAGCAGGUUCGGGCAUCUACCCAGAGCCCGGAAGAGAAGUGGGCGUUGCCUCCCCAGGAAGGAGGCGGGGCCGGCUCGAGGGGGUGGAUACUGUGAGUUUAAUUAUAAAGAAUGACCUGGUACAAAAGCCA